AUGCAGGUGGAGAAAGACAUGAAAACGGGUGUAGUCGUAAACACCACAAUCAGCAGAACUUGUAUUAAAGAUAAUCAUCAUUUGUCUCUUGUCACCUUUUCAGAGAUGGUUAGGAAGAAGAAUCCCCCUAUCCGGAGUGUGGGAGGUGAGGAGGAAGAGGAGGAAGAGGGGAAGAGGCCAACAGGAGGAGAAGAGGAAGAAGAAGGAGAGGAAGACGAGAGAGUAGGAGCAGAAGCUGACCGGAUAAACCGACCCUCCGAGCCCGAAGCCUCUGAACGCAGCAGAGGGGAUGAGGAGCAAGAGGAGGAGGGAGAAAGUGAGUGCAUCUCCUCGUCUGUCUCGCCCUCAUCUGUCGGGGAUCGCUACAGUAAUGAGGAGCGAGGGGGCAGGAGAGGAGGAGCAGACAGGUCAAAACCGGUAGGAGCAGCUUUGGCAGAGAGAGCCGAGAGUCAGUCGGAGCCUGAGGACGGGGAGAAGGGAGCGGAGGAGGGAGAGAGGAGCCGCAGAGACAGAAGGGAGGCAGAUCGUCUCACUCCUCCUCUCCCGUCUGCCCCACUCCUUCUAUCCCGGCAGGAAGGAGGGGAGGAGUCGCCUACUGACACCCCUCCACUGCCCUCCAGCCCUUCUCCUAAACUCCAGGACUUCAAGUGCAAUGUGUGUGGUUACGGUUACUACGGAAACGACCCCGCUGACCUGGUGAAGCACUUUAGGAAGUAUCACCUGGGUCUGCACAACCGCACACGACAGGAUGCUGCCCUUGACACACACAUCCUGGCCCUCCACAACAUGGCUCCCCAACACACAAAUCUAGACUCACCAGCGGGGCAGGGACAGAGGAGCCAAACCAAAGAGGUGGGGAAGACAAGACCUGAUGCACAAAACCAGCAGCACAGGACAAUUAUGAUGAACGGCACUUAUGACGUACAGGUGACGUUGGGCGGCACUCUGAUCGGAAUUGGCCGUAAGACUUCGGAUUGUCAGGGGAACACUAAGUACUUCCGCUGCAAGUUCUGCAACUUCACGUACAUGGGAAGCAACUCUUUGGAACUGGAGCAACAUUUCUUGUCCUCGCACCCCAACAAAGUCAAAACCCCGCCGACCACACCCCUGCUAGCCACCAACAAUCUGACGGCCCACGACGGCCAGCUGAAGGGGCGGAGUCAGAUCCUGGACGGGGCCGAGCGGGUGGCGGUGAGAGCCGAGGACGACUCCCUGGUGGGGUACUUCCUCCCGGUCCGAGCCUGUUCGGACCCAGCCGGCUGGACGGGGGAGACCAGCCUAGGAGCCGUGCAGGCGUAUUACUGGUGCAAGUUCUGCAGCUGGAGUAGCGAGUGCUCGGGAGGCUCGGCCAAGCUUUUAGAGCACUACGAACAGAGACACAGAAUGAGCAGGGGCGGCGCUGGGAGCCCCAACAGUUCUUUUCCCGCAGGGGUGGACAGAGAAAGAGAAAGAAGGGUGAAAAGAGAUGGAGACCGAGAACAUAUCGCAUCAAAAAGUCGCAAAGAUCCGCUGUCCAACCUGUCCAGCACCAGCCAAGGAGACCCAAACAACAGCGACUCAGAAGCAGUUGUGACCAGCUACAACUGUCAGCUGUGCGACUUCCGUUAUUCAAUGGCCCACAGUGCGGAUGUGAUCGUGGUGGCUCCGCUGCUGCUGCACUACCAGCACAACCACUCCAUUCACCGCUGCUGCAUUCAGCACUGCAUGUAUUGUCCUCAGGGGCUCUGUCAGCCAAAUAAACACCUGGGGGAGGUCUCCCACCCGUUUGCUUGUCGGAAGUCCACCUGCCCGAAAUGCUGUUCAAAGUUCCCUCAGUCCGCCAAACAGCAGGAUGUCAUCAGUUCAAAACCUGCCAGCACCACAUCACCCAGCGUGAACCCUCCUAACCCGAGAGGUGACCCCGGUGUGAUUUCAGGUUCAACCUUUCACCCCUCUAACCCUGCGCAUCCUGUUGUCACACAAGGUGUCACCCACUUAUGCGACCAGUGUGCAUUUGCCAACACUGACAUCGACGUGUUGCUGCAACAUUACGAAAGCUGCCACACCCUCAUCAACCUUAAAGGGGCUCCCCCACACGUCAAAGCUGAGGAGGAGGCAGGGGAGGAGAAGGAUGGAGGGAAGGGUGGGGCAGGAGAGAGGGAGUAUUCAUGUACGAAGUGUCACUUCAUCACGGAAGUGGAAGAAGAGAUUUUUAGACACUACAGGCGUGUCCAUGCGUGCUGCCGCUGCCGACACUGUGACUUCACGGCUCCCGAUUCGUCCGCCCUCCUCGACCAUUUUAACUCCACCCACUGUCGCGACUCCUCUCCGUCACUGGGGUCGCUGCCCACUUCGCUGACACCUUCGCUCACGCUCUCCUCCAAUGGCUGCUCAGCUCCUUCCACCUUAGCCAUCAAGGAGGAGAGCAAGGGGGACAUACGCCUGCUCUACUCCCUUGCGCCGCCAGAGGGACGAUUGGCCGAAGGGGGCAGGGAGGAGACAGGUGGGCUGGUGAAAAGUGAAGGACGUGAGGAGAAAGAGAGAGAACUGGAAAAGGUCUGGGUUCUUGGGGAGUCGAGAGGACCCGGAGACAGAGGGGGCGAUCAGGCCCACGGUUUACUCUGGGUGCCCAAGGAGCGAAUGGGACCUGAAAGAGGAGCAGGAAGUGGGAGUCCUUCUCUUUUCCCCUCUCCCCUCUCACUGUCUUUUGUUGCAGCCAAUCAUGACCCCUCACAGCAGAAAAGAGGCGUGGCCUCACCAAGUUUGGUUUACCUGGGAGACACCAAGUCGUUUUUGGGAGAUACCAAACUGUACGGGGGAGGGAGACAAGGUGGAUCUGCUACGGGAGGAGGAGGAGGAGGGGAGAAGCAGAGCCAGAUCUCAGCACAUCAGUACACGAGCGGAGGAGGAGGAGGAGGGAGUGGAGGUGGAGGAGGAGCACAGGACGGGAAAGGCGGAGCCACGAAAGAGGAGUCCCAAUCCCUGUUACGAGUAAGAAGACGCGCA